AUGCUGCCUUAUAACAAUUGUUCCCUCUCUAUUGAAGUCUCUGAGUUUCUCCUGAAUUGUUUUGUCAGGUCCCCCAGUUGGCAGCUCUGGCUGUCCCUGCCCCUAAGUCUCCUCUUCCUCCUGGCUGUGGGGGCCAAUGCCACCCUCCUUAUCACCAUCUGGCUGGAGGCCUCCCUGCAUGAGCCCAAGUACUACCUGCUCAGCCUUCUCUCCCUGCUGGACACGAUGCUCUGCCUCACUGUCAUCCCCAAGGUCCUGGCCAUCUUCUGGUUUGACCUCAGGCCCAUCGGCUUCUCCACCUGCUUCCUCCAGAUGUUCAUUAUGAACAGCUUCCUGCCCAUGGAAUCAUGCACCUUCCUAGCUAUGGCCUAUGACCGCUAUGUGGCCAUAUGCAAGCCUCUGCACUAUCCAUCCAUAAUCACUGACCAAUUUGUGGCAAAGGCUGUUGUCUUCAUCUUGGCCCGGAAUACAUUUCUCACUGCUCCUGUGCCCAUCCUCUCCGCUCGGCUCCAUUACUGUGGAAAAAACAUCAUUGAGAACUGUAUCUGUGCCAACCUCUCUGUGUCCAAGCUCUCCUGUGAUAACGUUGCCCUUAACAGAAUCUACCAGUUAAUUAUAGCCUGGACUCUUCUGGGCUCUGACCUCAUCCUCAUCUUCUUCUCCUACACUUGCAUCCUGCGAGCUGUUCUUAGACUCAAGGCAAAAGGGACAGCUGCCAAAGCUCUUAGCACAUGUGGCUCUCAUUUCAUUCUCAUCCUCUUCUUCAACACUAUCCUGCUGGUUUUUGUUUUCACCCAUAUGGCCAAGAAAAAGGUUUCCCCUGAUAUCCCCGUCUUACUUAAUGUCUUGCACCAAGUAAUUCCUGCAGCCUUCAACCCAAUUGUCUAUGGAGUACGAACCCAGGAGAUUAAGCAGGGAGUUUGGAAAUUACUAAAGAGGGGUGGAUGA